AUGCAAUAUCCACCUCUAAACUUGCCUCUAACAAAAACUCCGGAGUUUCUGGCCAAGAUACAAUCUAUCCUCAAUGAAUACUACCCAUGUACACAUCAACAAAAACCGCAUGGUUUCACAGAGACCACAACGACGUUAACUCCUCCUGAAACUCCUAAAAGUUCUGAAAAACCAAAGGCUAUAAACUUUCCAGUAUCCAAGAUCACUAUUGGUCAAUGGACCCACACGGCGGUGUACCCGGAUGAUCUUAAGGCGAAAUUCUAUUUUGCAAAGAGGAAACUUAUGUGGGAGAUUCUUGACAAUGUACAAACAGGAACACAAGUGGCGAGGCUGAAGAGAAAGAUCGAGAUCCAAUGGGUUGAUGUCUUGUCUCUUAGAAAAACUUUCCAUUCACAUGAUGAAACCGGAACACUUGAAGUCGAGUUGGGAAAACGUCCAACAUUCUUCGUGGAGACUAAUCCACAGGCAGGAAAGCACACUCAAUGGAAACAGAUGGAUCAAGAUUUCACCCUUGAUCAGUCUGCUUCCAAGUGCAGGAGACAUACACUUCAUUUUGCUGCUGGUGUUUUGCAAAAGAACUUUGAGAAGAUUAUGUCCAGCCAUAGCUUCUGGUCAAAACUCAGCAUGGUCACUUUUCCAGUUUUACCUCCAUACUUUGAUAUUGGCUAUGGAAACAACAACAACAACUCCUCUCUCUAUGGCCAAUGCCAGACAUUUAGCUCCAACGUCAAUAAUGACCAUCUUCAGUACAAUCCUCAAGGAUUAGGACAUGUGCCAGAUCAUGGAGAAGUAAACUUUAAAAUGGCAACUCCGUUCUGCGCUAAUGAUGGGAGGCAAAUAAACUCAUUUGUUCAUGAAAAUCGCCAGAAUGAAACAAUGAAUCAGUUACCUGGGACGCAAGUUAGGCAACCAUCCUCUCAGCUGAACAACAUGGGAAGCUAUUUUAGCGGGUCGCAGUAUAGUAAUCCGAUGAGCCAGAUGAUAAACACAGGGGAUUUUCGUGGACUUGAUACACGAGCUGAUUACUCGAUGGUAAAUCAACACAUGAACCAAGUCCCAUCAAUACAUCGAGUCGGACCAUAUCCACAAGGCUACUUUGUUCGAGGAGAUCCGCAGAACAUGGAACACACACGCAUGGAUGGCAGCAUUCAGACAAACAACAUAUGUGGUUGUGGUCAACACUUCAGCAAUGACGAAUGUUCAAUGCCUCCUGAUUCUUAG